AUGAACUGCAGCGUGCACCACAGUGUGCUGCUCAGCUACGGAAUGGAGAAGAGGCUAGACCCAGUCACUCUGCAGCUCCUCUGGGACUUUGUCAAAGCAAAGGAGCAAUUGCUCAAGUCACCUUACUUUCCAGUGCUGUUUUCGUUUACAGCUUACCUGACUUUCUGUCUUCCUUACAUUGCACUGGACUUCUUAAGCACUAAAGUCCCAGCUGUGAGAAAAUACAAAAUCCAGCCUCUGAGUUAUCCAACUCUGGGAAUGAUGGUACCGUGUAUGGUUCAAUGUGUCUAUCAUCACGCUGUCUUUAUCUUCCCAGUGACAGUUGCUCAUUGGUACUGGAGACCAGUGGAUUUACCAGUAAUGGCUCCAGACCUGCCGAGGGUCCUGCUGGAUGUAACGGUUUGCCUGCUUCUCUUUGACUUCCAGUAUUUUCUGUGGCAUUUGCUUCAUCAUAAGGUGCCUUGGCUCUACAAGACUUUUCACAAGGUUCAUCAUAAGCAUGUAUCUACGUUUGCUCUUACCACACAGUAUUCAAGUGUUUGGGAGUUACUUUCACUGGGAUUUUUUGCUGCCAUAAAUCCAGUGUUGCUGAAGUGCCAUCCUUUGACAGAAAUGAUUUUCUUCCUUGUUAAUAUCUGGCUGUCAGUGGAGGAUCAUUCAGGCUAUGAACUUCCAUGGUCAACAAACAGACUGAUGCCAUUUGGCUUGUAUGGAGGAGCUCCGCAUCAUGAUCUCCAUCACCUCAAGUUCAAAUGUAACUAUGCUCCUUACUUCACCCACUGGGACAGACUAUUUGGAACACUUGCUCACGCACGUUCACAACAAUAA